GUUCAGAAAGAGCUAGGCGGGGACCGGAGAAAGGUUUAAAUUACUACUAAUAAUGAGAUUAGUUUUGUGUGGUUCCAUUUUCUACUUCUGUAACUAAGUCUCAGAGAGGACCUUAGAAAGAAGUAUGGCUGGACAACAGAUCGCCAAACGUCGGCGACCCUCCAUUGCUGAUGAUGAGAUUGGCGAAGCGUGGGGCAAUACAACCAAGGAUAACGAUGAUGAAGGUAUCAUGGUUGAUGAUCUGUACAUUCAGGCCGAUGAGACGGAUAUUGUGCCUGAAAAGGAAAGAACCGGAUGCUGGCAUGGUUGCAUGCGUAGCAUUAAAGGAGUGUGGGCCACUCGGCAAAUGGCUGCCAAUGGGGAGACAGAUCGGGAGUGGUACGUGAAGACAACCAUCAAGGAACUGGUCAUCUACUUAGUUUUUCUUACGAUACUGUGCAUAUUGACUUUCGGAAUGAUGAGUCCUAAUAUGUAUUACUUGACCAAAGUCAUCAGUGAGCUAUUCCUGGAAUCGCCCUACGAAGAUACCAGAAACAAUGUCAAGGGAUCAACACAAAUAAUCGACUUCUGGAGGUUUGAUCAGUACGUACUGCACGACUGUUUGUUUUGGGAAAAAUGGUACGAUAAUGAUGGCACGCCCACUCUCCAAGAAGAUAGAAAUGUUCUAUACGAGAAUCGACUUCUGGGCUCUCCAAGACUUCGAAUGCUGCGCGUUAGAAACGAUUCCUGCGUAGUCCAUGAUGAUUUCAAAUCCUCCAUUUCAGAGUGCUACGAUGUGUAUUCUCCUCAAGUAGAAGACAAAAGGUCAUUUGGUGUGAUGAACGGGACCGCGUGGAAUUACUUUUCUGAAAGAGAACUGGGAGGAUCCAGUCAUUGGGGUUUGCUGGCAACCUAUAGUGGAGCUGGUUCAUAUGCAGAUUUGGGUACUAGCCAGAACGAAUCGAAGACAGUGAUGGCAUUCCUCAAAGAAAAUCUAUGGAUUUCAAGAGCAACCAGAGCCGUAUUCUUAGAUUUCACGGUUUAUAAUGCAAAUCUGAACUUAUUUUGCAUUGCAAAGAUUGUUUUCGAAUUUCCGGCAACAGGUGGAAUGAUUCCUUCAUGGAGUUUCAGAACAGUCAAGCUUCUUCGCUAUGUGACAACAAGCGAUUACUUUAUUUUUGUAUGCGAAAUCAUCUUUUCAGUCUUUGUUGUAUAUUACCUAAUCGAAGAAAUAUUAGAAAUAAAACGGAAUAAAUGCAAAUAUUUCAAGGAUUUUUUCAACAUUCAAGACAUCUUGGUUCUCACAGUAUCCAUUAUGUGCAUCGGCUUUAGUGUGUACAGGAACAUGGUUAUGGAUGAUUUGCUCCAAGAACUGUUGAGUCAGCCCGACAACUAUCCGAAUUUCGAAUUCUUAGGAUAUUGGCAGACACAGUUUAACAAUCUUGUUGCGCUGACAGUUUUUCUCGCAUGGAUCAAAAUAUUCAAAUACAUCAGUUUCAACAAAACCAUGACGCAGUUAUCAUCCACAUUGUCUAGGUGUUCUAAAGAUGUGGCAGGAUUUGGAAUUAUGUUCUUCAUAGUCUUCUUUGCAUUCGCUCAGUUGGGUUAUCUAUUGUUUGGUACUGUUGUUCGUGAUUUCAGCACAUUUGCGAAAGCUGUAUUUACACUAUUAAGACUUAUUCUAGGAGACUUCAACUUCUACGAGUUGGAGGCAGCCAACCGAAUUCUAGGACCUAUUUACUUUCUAAGUUAUGUGUUUUUUGUGUUCUUCGUUCUGAUGAACAUGUUCUUGGCUAUCAUCAACGACACAUAUGCUGAAGUAAAAGCAGAGAUUGCAUCUCAGAAGAAUGAAUUUGAAAUUGCUGAUUAUUUCAAAAAGGGUUUCAACAACAUGAUGGGUAAGCUUGGAAAAAGAAAUCAGCUGUUGGAUCUUCAAAAUGCUCUUAAACUUGCUGAUUCUAAUGGUGAUAACAAACUGACUUUUGAAGAAGUUCGUCAGAAAUUAAGACAGCAAAACUUUACGGACAUGGAAAUCGAAAUGCUGUUUGCCAAGUACGAUAUCAAUAACGAUCGGGAGUUGGAUGCAGAUGAAACGAAGAUGAUGCUCGCGGAUUUGGACAACCAGCGCUUAGAAAUCGAACGCCAGGUCCACAAACCUGAAUCAAAUGAAUCGUCCAACGCCGUCAAUUCUGUUGCCAUGGCUUCCCUUGUCUCGCAACAAGACUUCAAUGGUUUGUCGGAAAGAGUGGAUAAAAUGGAGAAUUCCAUCGGCAACAUCGUAUCUAAAAUUGAUGCAGUUUUGAACAAGAUGGCGGCUAUGGACAGGGCAAAAGUGAAAAGAAGAGAAAAUAUGAAUAAAAUACUGAACACUAUUUCCGAAAGUGGAGACUUAGACGAAAAGGCAAAACGACAUCACAUGGAAAAGAUGGUUCGUGAAGAGCUCCAGAGAUGGGACUCGGAGUCGUCUCUUCGAGUACCAAACACCAGCUCCAUCCCAUCCCCGAAAAAGAAGAAAUAAGUGUCUGAGAUGCUAUACUCUUCCUCUGUACUAAAAGCACCCAGGACACAAUUAUAUAUAUAUGUCUAGUCAUACAGAUUGAAACACUAGACACACACACCAACAAAAAAAAAAAAAAAAAUAUUUGCCUUUGUGAUGCAGUUCUGUAAGUUAAAAACUAUUCUAUCAGUUGCACUAACAAUAGAAAUUACAAUAAAAGUAAUUUCAAAAUGCAAUUUUGUUGUUGAUCCAAAUAUUCCUUUGCUUAAUUUUGAGAUUUUACAAAGUUCCAUUUCCUGAU